AUGUCAUUGAUCCGUUCAGCAAGCGGCCCAGCAGGUGGUUUAAGCAUCAACACUGGUGCUGCUAACGCCUUCGGAACCGCCGCUUCUAAGCCCUCCGCUGCUGGUAGUCUCUUCGGUUCUUCUACCACCUCUACGCCCACCGCCAACACAACAACAGCGCCAGGCGCAACAGGCACCAUGUCUCUCUUUGGCAACGCUGCGCAAAAACCUGCAACAGGCGGUCUAUUUGGACAGUCGACGACAGCGACAACAACUACGCCCGCAGCUGGCGGUGGUCUCUUUGGCGCUACCGGCGCAACAAACACUCAACAGACGCAGGGCACAGGCACAGGCACUGGGCUCUUUGGCAACACUGCCACCAACAACACCCAACAACAAGGAAACACAGCGCAACCUGCAACGACUGGCACCAGCCUCUUCGGCCAAUCUACCCAAAAUCAAACUCAGCAGCCUCAACAAACUGGCACAGGUCUGUUCGGCCAAUCUACAGCAACAAAUACACAAAGCAAUACAGGAGGUCUUUUCGGUCAAUCUCAGGCGAAGCCCGCUACCGGUACCAGUCUGUUUGGCCAAACACAGCCUCAGCAGAACAACACCCUCGGCCAAUCCACAAACCAAGUCUCAGCCGUUCAAAUCAACUACGACAGCAUUCGCCCCCGUACCCGCUUCGAUGACCUUGCUAAGCCCGUACAAGAUGAAAUUGCGUUGCUGGACUUGGGUAUCCAACGAGUUAUCAAGAUGCGAGACGAGAUUGGCGAGUUCAUGCCCCAGCACGAGAAGGAUAUUGAGCAACUGGGUCUAGACGUCAAGUUUGUCGAGUCAAAGUUCCGAACUGUUCAAGUUGCCCUCAACAACGAUAUCCAGACCGUCAAAGCUCUCCAGGAUCAAACCCGAAAGAACGCCGCUGAUGCCCGACUAUGCUUCCGAGGCGCCGAUAACCUCAAACUCCCGACACACUAUCACCAAACAGGUCUUUUCGCCAGCCAGGCUCCAGCUGCUGAUUCCGGGGGCGCAGAUGCUGCGUCGACACAUGCGGAUGCCCAAGAUCUGAUCACCUACUUCAACCGUAUAUGUGAUGAUAUUGAAAAGUACAAGGCUCGUCUCGAUGAAUAUCGCGGCGAUAUUGAGCGAGAUAUGCCUGGUGUCGAGAACGGCCUUUACGAGCAGAUCCGAGCUCUACGAGACCGUAGUGCUGGCAGCGUAGUCGUCCAGGAUCAACUGAACGAGGUUUUAUUGGCGCUCAGGGAUACGGGAAGCGCCAUUGUUGCACAGGCUGGACAGAUUGCCGAUACUCGAGAACGGCUAUCGCGCCUCCAGGCUGGAAUUGUGGACAGUGGAGUUUACGCUAUGGGCAUGAAUGCGUAG